AGUAGGAUUAACAUUUUUGGUGGGGGGAUUUGUAUUAAGCACAUUUAGACUACAACCAAUCCAUUUCUACUUCCUGUGUGAAAGGUCGCAAAGAAGAUGGCGCCGUCCAAGACGAAACAUGCCAACCAGGCUUGUGUUAUUCCAGGAGGUUUUACAGUGCUUUCUCUACAGUUCAGUACUGACAGUGUUGCCCAGCACAAAAUAUGUGUAAAAGAGCACCGGGUGCGAGCAGAGAAAACCACACAAAGACCCCUCGACAGAACACUGUUUGUCCUUAACAUUCCCCCAUAUUGCUCUGAGGGUGUGAUAAAGGAGCUCUUCUCUCAGUUUGGUCCUGUUCAGUCUGUGGAGCUGAGAGAGAAGCCAGGGUCCUUUGAGCACUCAGGACCCAAGCUGGCCAAGUAUUUCACACCAGCACAAAAACAGGGGUUCAGAGUGGGUUACAUCGUGUUUCAGAAGGCCAUCAGUAUUACAGCAGUGAAGUCCCAUCCCCAUGAUGUCCCAUUGGUUGUUUCCACAGAGCAGCGACCUGUGUGGACAGGUCUACAGAAAUGGAUUCAUCAGUACAAGCAGUCAUUUGCUCAGCCAGACAAACUACAGGAGGCAGUUGACACCUUCAUGCAGGAUUAUGAUAAGAGAAAAGAAGAGGAGGCAGAGCGACAAAAGGAGGAGGCUGAGGAGCAGCUGGAGGAUGAGGAGGGCUGGGUAAAAGUUACCAGGGGUAAAAGCGGGACCAAGACCCGCCCCCACAGUGAGGUAUCCAAUCAGAAAGCUCUGCAGAAGGAGAGCAGAAAGAGGAAGCGAAAGGAGCUCAUGAACUUCUACACCUGGCAGCACAGAAACACACAGAAAGAACACAUCGCUGAACUGAGGAAAAAGUUUGAAGAGGACAAACAGCGAAUUGCUUUGCUAAGAGCACAGAGGAAGUUCCGACCUUACUGAAUCAAGUUUCUUGAGAUUCUCUCCACCUUCCUGUUUUUUAAACCACCUAACCACAUCAUUGAUGUCAAUAAAUAUCAAUUUAUUCUGUUUGUUUAG